UUCGGCUCCUCCUGCGCCACCUCCACAGCCGCCUCCUCCAUCAGCGCCACACACAUCUGGAAAAACGCGGCUGCUACACCUGCCUCCGAGGUGAUUCUAUCGCGCACGCGACCGAGACGCUACCAGACGCGCGCGUUUCGCGGAUUCCGCAAUAUACGAAUCGGUGCUGGGCCGACAACAUGGAGCUGCCGGCCAAGGGCAGCUAGGAGGUGCUCAGGAUCCCCCGGGCUCUCUACGCAUCCCUAAGCGCUACGCCGACAUGGACGCCAAGGACCGCUACGUCGUCGAGGGGAUCGCCCUAUCCACAUCGCCUGAAGAUGUGGGGGAAGGCAUUCAGUCGCCGGAAAACGACACGAAUUCCUUGCAAUCGUUGUCAUAUCUCGAUCCGCCGGUGGACAGCGUUUAUAUGAUAUGCGGAGUUCUAAUCGCCAUGGUUCUGGUCGGCGUUAUCAUUGUCCUUCUCGCCGUUACGAUAAGUAAGCUUCGGAAGCGCGAGGAGCACAGCCAUCACCAUCACCAUCACCAUCACCAUCAUCACGGUAACACGGUGCAUCCGGAGCAAGUGCAGCAGUGCUGCAGCGGUGUAUCCUCCCAGCAACAACAACAACAACAACAGCAGCAGCGGGAGGAGGCGAUCCGUUGCGACGGGGACGGCGGUAUUGUGAACCCGGCGAUGACGGGCAGUACGAUGACGGUCGACUCCUGCUGCGCCGUGGCCACCCAGUCGGCGACCAGUACCAUCGUUGCCGCCCUCGGCAACGGCUGCACCGAGCGAACGUCACCCGAAAGCGGUUACGGUGGCACCGCCACCACGACCGCCAACGCCGAGCAAUUCAUAUGGCAGUUUCCACCGCCAUAUCCGCCGCCCAAUACGCCCCCGCCGCAAUACACGUUGUACAACGAUCAGGACACACUCGUACAUGGGCUUCAGUCGGAUAGGCAGGGCUUUGCCAAGGGCUUCCGAAAGAAUUUGGGCGGGCGCUGGCGUCGCUUGGUUAAAAGGAAGCCAGAGACGGAGACGUGCGCCAUACCACCGGAGCUCAAGGAUCAACUAAAAACGAUCUACGUCUAUUGACGUGGAUCCCCGUCAUGAGUUUUACAAAGCAUGCAGAUGCGGAGCGAUGAGGUCUGGAAGAAAAUAGUGGAUGCGCCGAUGGCAAGAGAAUUUCGACGAGGGCAACGCAACCAAUAUUGAGUACCAACGAUGACGAUUACGACAC